AUGUUAUUUUGUUGUGUUGAAGGGAAGCACCAGGUACAUCCUAUCACGGUACUUCUGCUUCAAAAGGUCAGCAGUGAAAAGGUCCAUCAGCGACCAUCAACAGAUCAGAAGUUGGUUCAGGAAGCUGGUGGCUGAUUGAAGUCAAAGUUACUUCACAAGAUCAGGUGGCCGGACGGAUCCGUUUUGACAAGAACACGUAACGUUAGCUAUUACUUAGCUAACCGGCUAAUUAAGCGUUUCUUCGGAGUUUUUCGCUCACUGGGCGGGGAUGGAGAAAGCUAAACAGGAUGCAUUCGACAACGCCAGACUCCAGGUGAUUAAAGAUGGCUAUGAGAGCGCCUUUGAAUGCAUCAACAAAGGACUGACAGCGGACGAGGCUGGAGACAAGGCGCAGGCCCUGGAGCUCUACAAGCGGGGCCGACAGCACCUUCUCAGGGCCGUCAGCGUGCCUUCACGGGGAGAGGAGUGUGUCGGCAGCCAGUGGGAUUCAGCCAGAGAGAUGCAGCAGAAGAUGCAGGAGACCCUGAACAACAUCACCACCCGCCUGGCCAUUCUGGAGACCAGCUCUGACGUGGAGUCUGCACCUACACAGACUGAUAAAAGUGUGCCUGGCCCUGGUGCUACAGACACAUGUGCAGGGGGUGUCUACCCAGCCCUGCCCACCAAAAAGAAGCCAGACAGGCCAGCUUCACCAAACCUGCUCCCUGCAAACGGCCAUGCAGCAGGAGCUGUUGGAGGCACACCUGCACGCAGUAGCCAAGGUCUGCCUGUUUCACCCACCAGACAGCCUGUGGUUCCAGCCGAACAGCCUCCAGCUUACUCUCCUCAGGCAGCUGACGGCCACCUGUCCAUCUCUUAUGGAACGGAGGAGGGAGAAAUGUCACUGGUUGGGGAUGAGUUCUACAGUCGUACUUCUAACUCGACACCAUCUCCCCAGAGUAUGGGUGAAGAGGGAGAGGAGUUGCUGUACAUCCCUCAUGGUGUACAGAUGUUCUUUGUCACACCUGAAGGGCAGGUGAGCGCUCCGUCAUACCCGGGCUACCUGCGGCUGGUGAAGUUUACUAGUGAUCGCUCUGACAGAAUGCCCAACCGACCACCAGCAUUUCUGCAGGUGUGUGACUGGCUUUACCCCCUCAUGGCCGUGGACUCGCCGGUGCUGUUGUGUAACACUGGCGUGUUUAUGUUUCCGGACAUGAUGGCGCCGGCUCCAGGCUAUUAUGUGGGAGUGGUGUUGUCCUCUGAGCUGCCUGCUGCAGACAGAGCGCUGUUCGAGGACCUGCUAUCCCAGAUGACAGACCUCAGGGUUCAGGCUCCAGAUGAAGCUGCAGAAACUGUUAAUCUCAGUCAGAAGGUGUCCAUCGCUACACCUGAAGAGACUGCGCCAAAGGAGGAGGAGGAGGAGGAGGGGGGCGAGAGGCAGGGGGAGGAGGAUCAGCCUCUGCCCGAGUGGAGUGAAAAGGUGGCAAAUGGGAUCCUGACAGGUGCGUCCUGGCUAAGCUGGGGCCUGGUGAAAGGAGCCGAGUUCACAGGCAAGGCCAUUCACAAAGGGGCAUCUAAACUCCGAGAACACAUCACUCCGGAGGACAAACCCGCCCAUGUCAGCCCCACCGUCACCCAAGGCCUCAACGUUGUCAAGCAAGCAACAGGGGGAGCCGUCAAAGUCAGCCAGUUUCUAGUGGAUGGGGUGUGUGUGGUCGCCGGCUGCGUGGGCCGAGAGUUGGCUCCGCAUGUGAAAAAACAUGGAGGGAAGCUGAUCCCGGAGUCUAUGAGGAAAGACAAAGACGGGCGUUCCAACAUAGACGGAGCCAUGGUGGUGGCUGCCAGCGGAGUGCAAGGAUUUGCGACAGUGUGGACUGGUUUGGAAGUAGCAGCAAAGAACAUUACCACGAAUGUAGCAGCAGAGACCGUCACCACUGUAAAACAUAAAUUUAGGGGUCUACAAAACAUCUUUGACCCACCUAAUGAGGAGAAAUAUACGGGGCAGCUGCAGGACAAGCCACAGACCAUGCCGUCAAUUCUGCCCUUAAUGUCGGUAUCACUGCCUUCAAUGUUGACAACCUGGGGAUCAAAGCUGUGGUGAAAAGGACUGGCAAGCAAACAGCGCAGGCCAUUUUGGAAGACUACAAGCUUCAGGAAAAACCGGUGAAUGGGAAGCAAGUGGAGAAAUCGGACAAAUAGCUGAUAGAGCCCCACCUCAUUCCCCCUGUAAUGCCUUAAAGCAUCGUUUGUAUUCUUCUAUAAAUAAAUCUUUAAAACAAA